AGCUGUUUAAAAAUUCCAGUAUGUACGCUAAAGAACAUGAUACUUUUAUGAACGGGGCCCGUCAUGCCCUAAAUCUCCCCAUAAGGCAAAAAUGCGCCGAAUUGACUGUUCUGUUGGACAGGGGCAAUAUUUUGGAGCUUCAUAAUUUUUUUCCCAUUUUAAUUAACCAUAUAUUCGGCCCGCAAGGCACUAUAUGUUGGGAAAUAAGAACAAUAACGGAGUCUAGCAGCGAUGAUUUUCGCCAGAUGCAGCAUUUUUUAUCGCCUAAUGGACCAGUUUUUAAAUUAAUUUAUACAUUGUUGAAGGAUCCAGCUAUCAAGUAUGAUUUUUCCUUAACAUUUUUACCAACCAAAAUUAGGCAGUUUUUAGAGAAUUCACAAAAUCACCCUUUUUAUUCAGAUCUGAUUCAUAUUAAUCCACAAACUAAACAAGUUAUGUCACUAUUACUAAAUCCUUUUGAUUAUUACAUGUUUCACUUUGCCUAUCAUUUAAUAAAUCCAUGGCAUCAACGAAGUGGAUCAACUGUCAGAUCAUGGAACACAAUUUACUAUGUUUUAUGUUGCGACUACAUUUUAUACUUUUUGCCAACUGAUCCAAAUGCUACAAUUUUGCCUAAUAUUUGCUACAAUGGCAAAAGUCCUGUACAAAAUCACCAACCAAUCAACAAUUAUAGAAUCAUUGGGACAGGUUUAAUAAAUACAACAGUUCUAAAUAAGAGUGUUGAUGAAACUCUACACAAAAACUUGGAAAGACAUCCCAGAAAUGAAAUUUGGAGAAGUGAAACAGUUUUAACGGUUUUUGUGGAUAUGUGGUUACAUAAUGAUCAAAUUACUCAGCAGUCGAAUGAUUUAAAUAACUCACUUAAUGGAUCUCCAAGAAUGGGUGUUCUUCUUUUAAAUGAACUCCCAACUGGCGAAUACAUGAGGAUAGUGCGUGUACUAAUGAAACAAUUGCACGCUUUUUCUCAAAGCUCCAAAGCUGAUGAUACCAAUUUGUGCGAGUUAAAAAAAAUCGCGAUUCCCAUGAUCCAGGGUAAAUUUUACAUAUUUUUGCGUAACUUAAUACACAAAUGGCCGCUGGACGGUUCGUUUAGACUGGUUUUGGAAUUAUGGUUGACUUAUAUACAACCGUGGAGAUAUCCUCCGGAUAAUUUGGUCAAACAGAACAAUAUGUUCAGUUUAAAUCAGGAUGUGGAGGAUUUGAAUCAGUAUAAUUCUGUGGAUACGGAUUUUUUGCCUUUUAUCGCGGAAAAUCUUUUGGCUUAUGUUGUUAUUUUUCAACAAUUAUUACCCAGGUUUACAAGGGUUGAUUUGGUUAGCCCCAAAAUGUCUUUGAUGCUAUAUAGAAUUACCAAGGUCUUUGAUCAGCCAAACCUGCCGACUUACCUCCAGGAAAUCGAAAAUUGCGUGGAAAACAACCAUUCCCCCACCCACCACAAAUACAACUCUCACUGGGGCAGCAACCUCCCCCCUCUAUCGCCCACAAGCAAUUGGUCCAGCAACACCGCCCUUAACCAAUUAAACGCCUCAGCUGACUCUUCCAGAGCCUUCCAACCCAGCGUCAACAGCACCGCCUUCUUGAACAACAGCUUCCAGAACGAGAAAAAGUGGCUGGCGAUCGUCAGACAGAAGAUUUUCGAGCUGGAAGGUCCGAAUUUUUGCUACAAACCGCUGUUCAGUAACCCACCAGCUCCCGAAGUGUUCGACUUGAUCUACCAGAUCAAGAAAAGCAUUUCCGUUGCUCAGGAUAUUGUCAAAGCCAAGCAAUUAGAAGAAGAUGAAUUGUCCAAAGGUUUAUGGGGGUCGAUUAAAAGCCUAUGGACCUCACCAUGCAAUGUUGAUGAGUUUAGUCUCGCUGAAAGGAUGAAAGUUCCGUGUUUUUUGGAUGUUUCCUUGCAGAAUUUGAUGGAUAUUUUUCAGAUUAAUGAGGUUUGCGACAGAGAACCAGAUUACUCUCAAAAUAAACCCUCAACAAGUGGCCCUAUAGAAUUCACAAACGAUUUCAAGUUUUUAACACCCGAAAAAGUGAGAAACAGAAUCAAAAACAUUAAAUAUGAUGGGGAUCCGGAUUUGUUACCCAUAAGAAGUGAUGAGAACACUUUUCUAGUCAGAACUCUCUAUCAAUUGGCUCUUAAAAUCAACCAACAAUAUGGUUCCUUAUUAUACCGUAUGUAUCAUACACAUACGUUUUCUGGAAGAUUGACGCGGCAAAUUUUGUGCCCCCCACAAACGGUAUACAAGUUUGAUAAGUCCCUCCCUGGAUCUCCAAGAGUUAGUACCAAUCUUCCUCCCAGGGUGAGCUUCAGAUCUCUGGCAAGCUACAAAUUUUUAAUCUACUUCACAAUAUUCGCCAUGGUUUGUAUGGCAUGUGGUUUUAGUUUUACGGCAUAUAUUUGUUUAUUAUUAAUUUUGUUUUUGUCUUUUAAAUGUAUGAUGGCUAUACCUUGCACUAAUACACCUGUAAGUCAUAAUUAUCCAACCCAAGGUUUUGGGAAUAUUAGUUUCAAUGAUUCUUUUUAAUUUAAGCAAAAAAAAAUAUUUAUAGUUGUGUAAGAAUAAAAUGAGAUGGAAGGCUAAGUUUUUUAAUAUUUUCAAUGUUUUUGUUAUAUUUAUUAAAAUAA